AUGGGAGCUGAAAGCAAUGAAAGUCUUGACCUCCAGUCUGUCUUUCUAGCCGGCAUCCCGGGACUGGAGGCCCAACAUGGCUGGCUUUCCAUUCCCUUCUUCACCAUGUAUAUUGUGGCCAUUGUGGGCAAUAGCCUAAUCAUGGCAGCAGUGCAGGCAGCCCCUGCCCUGCAUGAGCCCAUGUACCUGUUCCUCUCCAUGUUGGCUGUGACUGAGGUAGGUGUUUCUGUGUCUACUCUGCCCACUGUCAUGGGCAUCCUUUGGUUUGAUGCCCGCCAGGUCGAUUUUGACGGCUGCCUGGCUCAGAUGUUCUUCAUUCACACUUUCUCCUGCAUGGAGUCGGGGGUCCUACUGGCCAUGAGUUAUGACCGAUUUAUAGCCAUCUACAAUCCACUGCGCUAUACAGCCAUCCUGACCCUGCGCUGUAUCAUCUGCAUGGGUUUGGGGAUUACAGUGAAGAGUGUGACCUUCAUGGCCCCACUUCCAAUCCUUUUGAAGCAACUGCCCUAUUGCCACACUCAUGUCCUCUCCCACUCAUACUGUCUCCACUCAGAUCUGAUCCAGCUGCCGUGUGCUGAUACCAAGUUCAACAGCGUCCUGGGCUUGGCCAUUGUCCUGGCCACUUUCGGGCUGGACUCACUGCUCAUUGUGGUCUCUUAUGUGCUGAUUCUUUAUACAGUGCUGGGCAUUGCUUCUGGGGAGGGAAGGUGGAAGGCCCUCAACACAUGUGUGUCACAUAUCUGUGCAGUCCUCUUGUACUAUGUGCCUAUGAUUGGUGUGUCUGUCAUGCAUCGUGCUGCCAAGCAUGCCUCACCCCUGGUCCACACACUCAUGUCUAGCAUCUACCUCUUUGUGCCUCCUGUACUCAACCCCAUCAUCUACAGUGUCAAGACCAAGCCAAUCCGGCAUGGAAUCUUCACCUUGUUCUCCUGCAAGAGGGAAUUCUUCUGA